AUGGGUGGUGAAGACACGUCUCGCUUUAAAUCAGUUGGCAACCUCGAGACCAGUGUCCUGCAGAGUCCCGUCUUCUCCAAGCAGCCCGGCAGCAUCGUGUAUCCUGUGGAAACGCUGGAGCGGAGCAGGGAGGUGGUGUUCAGCUGCGAAGCCCAGGGAAGCCCACCUCCCAUGUACCGGUGGAAACUGAACGGCACAGAAAUCAGUCACAAAUCUGGAUCUCACUACAGCCUCUCUGGAGGCAACCUCAGAAUCAACCGUCUCAACAAGGACCAGGACGCUGGAACGUAUCAAUGCCUCGCCUCCAACUCCUUUGGGACCAUCGUGAGCCGAGAGGCCAGUCUAACCUUUGCAUACUUGGAAGACUUCAAGACCCACAGAAGAAGCUCUGUAUCGGUGCGUGAAGGUCAAGGAGUGGUUCUGCUGUGUGGCCCCCCACCGCACUCUGGAGAUCUGAUAUUUUCCUGGAUCUUCAACGAAUACCCAACAUUUGUGAAGCAGGAUACGCGUCGCUUCAUCUCACAGGAGACUGGGAAUCUGUACAUCGCCAAGGUGGAGCCCUCAGAUGUCGGAAACUACACCUGUGUGGUGACCAACUCCGUCACAAAGACAAGAGUCCAGGGUCCACCCACUCCUCUGGUGCUCCGCAGUGAUGGUGUGAUGGGUGAAUAUGAGCCAAAGAUUGAAGUUCAGUUUCCAGAGGUGGUUCACGUCUCCAAAGGAUCCACCGUCAAGCUGGAAUGCUUCGCCCUGGGAAACCCGGUUCCCUCUAUAAACUGGAGGAGAGUGGACGGCGUACCGUUCCCCAGGAAGGUGGACAUGAGGAAAGCCAGCGGUGUCCUGGAGAUCCCAUACUUCCAGCAGGAGGACGCGGGCACGUACGAGUGCGUGGCCGAGAACUCCAGAGGAAUGAACACAGUGAAAGGAAAGCUCUCUUUCUACGCCCCCCCUCAUCUCAUUGAAAAACCUGAAGAUGCGCAGAAGCUCAUUGAUGACUCGCUGGUGUGGGAGUGUAAAGCCACAGGGAAGCCGAAGCCUUCUUACAGGUGGAUGAAAAAUGGAGAGAGCCUGGAUUCUGCUGAGGAGCGCAUACAGGUCGCCAAUGGGGCAUUGACCAUCAACCGCCUGACCCUGUCCGACACGGGAAUGUACCAGUGUGUGGCUGGGAACAAGCACGGCGAGGUCUUCUCCAACACAGAGCUACGAGUUAUAGCCGUUGCCCCAGAUUUCACUCACAAUCAACUGAGGAGCCAGACGCUGGUGAAGGUAGGAGGAGAUGUGCUCAUCGAGUGCCGGCCGAAGAUGUCUCCUUGGGGUGUGAUCUCUUGGCGGAAGGGCAGCGAACCACUCCGAGAAAAUAACAGACCGGCCCAGCGGCCUCGUGGCAGACAGGGGUCAGCCAUCGGGUGUCACCGCUCUAGCAUGACUCGGCUCUAG